AUGCAGUGUCCCGUUUGUGAAAGCACCCGCGACAAGCUCUACUGCGCACCAUGUCUCCAGGAAGGCGUGAACGGACAUACGGCGAUGAAGCACGAGAUAGAGGGACAGGUCAUUGCUGCCCGCGAGAAAGCUGAGCAGCUGCUCAAAGGCAACCCUGGUGCGCCCGGUGCUACAGAAUGGCGUGAGCUACGUGCCAACGUCGCGGCGGCUGAGGCCCGGGUGGCUGCGUUGCGGGCACGGAUUGCACGCACCUCUGAUGAUGCGCAGAGGAUACGCGUUUCCACCUCAUCAACUGGAGCUAUACGCCGACGGCGACAGACGCUCGAGGACGCCGAGCACGCCAUACCCACACACGAAGAUAUGGCAGCGCGCAUCGCUACUGUGCGACAGCAGCAACGGGAGGUCGGCAAACGUAUCAUCCAGGCACGCAAGGUGCUCGUACGGGAAGCGGUGGAUGUGUUUGGCGUUCAGCGCAUGCGGGGAUGGGAGAUUGCCGGCCUCGAGCUCCCCCCACCAGACCUUUUCAGGGUGCACCCGUCUGCGACAAUAAAUGCGGCCUUGGUGCAUACCAUCCACCUCCUCUCCCUCCUGACGUCGUACCUCUCCCUUACGCUGCCGUUCGAACCCAUCUGGCCGUUUGGGGUCCACAUCGGCCGGCCAGUAAUGGCUCCGAAUGUGCCGCUCCUCGCAACCAAGAAGUUCCGCGAAAAGAAACACGUCCUCUGGAUGUCGAGUACAGCUCCAGCACUCGCCCGCAGCCGGAAGGGUGGCUUUACGGUGCUCAAAGGCUCGGCGCUGGCAGCGGUGCUCGCCCGUAGCGGGAGCAAGCACCGCAGCACGCUCACAGCCUUUGCGCUACUUGCGCAUUCUAUUGCCUAUCUCGCAUAUACCCAGGGUGUGGGUGGUAUUGGGAUUGCCGACGCGUCCGAGGACGACGUUACCGAGGGGGUGCUCGUCAGCGCGACCGACGUGCUGGAGCUCAUUGCGCUUACUGCCGAGUCCUCGGAUUUGGGUGUGAGGGCGCACGAGCCAGGUACGACGCAGACUAUGAGACACCUCGGAUUCGGGCUCGACGUCAACAAAGUCGUCGAAAGCGUGCUCGCUGCCGAGAGGGCGCGAUGGGGAGGCGUACCCGAUGGAACCGAGGAGCUCAGUGAGGGGUGGGACAUGCUCGAGGAGGAGAAGGAUGAACAGUCGUGA